AUGCUCUCCGAUUCUCGAUCGGUUCUCCCAGGCCUCUGCAACAAUCGACGAUCUCACUUCAGGCUUACUUCUUCUCCGGUGAGCAUAGGAUCACCUCCCCGCGACCAUCCUCCUCGUCAUAAAAUCAUCCAGCUAGGGAUUUUUGUUCUCGAUCUCUUCAUGGAUGGAGACUUGUUUCACCACUUUUCAUCUUUGCUGGAGUCUGCAAUUUUUCCAGCAAUAGUUAUGAAUGAAAAGGAUAUUAUGGAGUGGGAGGAAGAUUUAGAUGAGUACAUAAGAAAAAAUCUCCCUUCUGAACUUUAUUCUGAUGGUCAACAACAUGUAAAUGAAGAAGAGGUUGAUGGUGAUGCAUUUGAAGAUUCUGUUUUGCAAAAACUUCAAAAGCAUAUGGGUGAUUUUAAUUAUCCAAGAUUAGCUUACUUUAUUGCUGCAAUAUCUGGUUCAAACAAAGUACAAUGCCAACAAGUGCUUGAAGAGCUAGAUGUUUACAAACAAUUGAGACUUAGUCUUGAGUUAUUAAAGAAAGAAAUGGAGAUACAAAGGAUUCUGAUAGAUUCAACAAUGCCUGGGGUUUAUGAUAGAUUCAACAAGGGUCUAUCAGAUUCAAGUAAAGUUGAUGGAAGAAAGGAAUAUGAAGCCACUUGA